GGUCUCUUGUAGUUUGAUCUUCGUGAUGCCUGAACCAGCGAAAUCCGCUCCUGCUCCGAAGAAAGGUUCCAAGAAGGCGGUGACCAAGGCGCAGAAAAAGGACGGCAAGAAGCGCAAGCGCAGCCGCAAGGAGAGCUACUCCGUGUACGUGUACAAGGUGCUGAAGCAGGUCCACCCCGACACCGGCAUCUCGUCCAAGGCCAUGGGCAUCAUGAACUCCUUCGUGAACGACAUCUUCGAGCGCAUCGCGGGGGAGGCGUCGCGGCUGGCGCAUUACAACAAGCGCUCGACCAUCACCUCCAGGGAGAUCCAGACGGCCGUGCGCCUGCUGCUGCCCGGGGAGCUGGCCAAGCACGCCGUGUCCGAGGGCACCAAGGCCGUCACCAAGUACACCAGCGCCAAGUAAACUUGCUAAGUAAGCGUCUUUAGACUUAACACCAAAGGCUCUUUUCAGAGCCACUUACCUUGUCAGUAUUAGAGCUGUAAGCACAUCUGAGAUCUCCUUGAGGUGGUUAUGAAGAGCUCAUUACAGUAAGUAGUGCGUAUAGGGCUCGUAGGAGCCGGAAUUAAAAGAAAGACAGGUUUAGUACUAAGCUUUUGUAAUCAACACAGCGCUUGAAAAGGGACAUGCAGGGAAUCUGCUGGUAGAUUCUUCGGUUGUGUGAAGUGGCGUGUCUUCCUGCUUAAGCCCUAGCAGACCGUUGUGUUUCGUGUCUUUUUCCUCCAGCCUUGGAGUUCUAAUCUCCGCUUAUGUGUUAAUAAACUCGGUCUCCGAUGAUCUCCCAAGAUGCAUCCCUUUAGUUCAGCAGUUAUCUCGCGCCAAUCUAGGCAGUACGCUGUGAUAAAACUUAGAACGGGGCAACGGCGUUAAACUGGCCAAACUCGGCCUUUCGUCCAGCUUUCUCUUUGCCGUUCUUGCCUUUCCAGCGUACGUGGCCUCGGGAAGAUGCCGGACCACCGUGCAGGAUGAAGGGCGCAAGAGAGAGAUAAAAAGUAGAUUUUCUCCAGACUAAAGAAAUGGAGCAUAAGGGGUCGCGGAAAAGAUCUUAUGUGGCCAGUUUACUAGUGUUUAAGAGAACAUUUUCAGUGUUCGCUGAUUCAUUAAUUUCUCCAUUCGACAAACAAAAAAGCUUACAGAACUUCGGGAAAACUUGACCGGACUUAAGGGAGGAGAGGACAGAUUUAAGACCGCCUCCGAAGCGAAAGUUCAGAGAGGAGGGGAACUGCCCCAGGCCCAGAGUCUGAGCACAGUCAGGUAGGGGAGUUUUGUUGUGACUGGAGGCUAGAGUGGCUAUUUCUGCCAGUAAUAAGCAGUGUGAACCUUUUUUAGAAGGACGAGGUAAAAGGAAGUUUCAACGAAUUUUAAACUAGGUUGUGACCUGACUUAGAAGUGUAAGAAAUGAUUUACUCUGGCUCAUAAGAAAAUGAUUGACUCUGAUUCAUUAAUUCACCACUACGUGUGUGUAUGUAUGAGCAUGUGUAUGCAGUUUUAUGUUGGUUUUUUUUUUUUUUUGGUUUUUUUUUUUGCCAUGCAGUCUUCUAGUCUUUAAGGAUAUGGUGAGUGAACAUACGUAAUGAAUUGCCUGUCUUUGGAAGUGUCUUUGGAGACUGAUUAGCAGGGUUAAAUUAGAACAUUUCACACAUGCAAAGCGUAUGCUCACUGUUCAUCCAAGUUUUAUCCUACCAGCAACAUAUGGAUUACAUUGUUAUUCUAAUAAAUGUAUCAACAAAUGGUUGUUAAAUUUAUUGAGUGCUUAUCAGUGUACCAGGCACUGAUCUAGAUAUCUGACUGUGAUAUAUUAACUCAUUUAAUCUUCACACAACUCUAUG